AUGGGACAGACGAUACCUACUAUUGAAGUGGCGAAUACAAAUCUUGGUACCGUGGCAAGUCCAACAAGGAGCUUCUUGACAAUGGGAGGACACAAAGAUGGGAAAAAGAAGCGAAAAGGGAAGGCGGCGUCGUCAACAUCAAGCCAAUCAGUUCCUGCAGCAACGCCAACACCAACACCAGCAGCUCCAAGAGUGUCGAACGACAUCAAUGUGUCGAUUCGACGGCAAAUUCAGUACGGCAAACUUAACAAGAAAAUGAGAGAGGGAGGGACCGCAGCUUUUCGACAGAAAAAGGUUGCGCGCACCAAGUAUCGAAGAGCUUGGGAUGAAGAAGAAAUUGAACAAAAGGCAGAAGAAAGACGGCGGAAAGGACAGGAUCCUGAUUGGGACGUGAUUUUGAAUCGAACUUCGACUCCUCCUCUUGUGAUUGUCGAUGGGUACAACAUCAUUUACAAAUGGCCUCGAUUGAAAAAACAUAUGUCAAAGAAUGAUCCUGCACGGGCCCGCCAGCUUCUAGUAGAUGAUCUGGAGAAUAUGCGGUCGAUCAAGAGUUGGAGAAUCGAAGUGGUCUUUGAUGGGGCUGGAAAGGAUAAUCGGAAUGGACCAUUGGGACAGUCUGGACAAAGACGCAUUUCGGCAACGGAUCAGAAAGAGUCGAAAGAUGUUUCGAAACAUGGUGUCCGAGUUGUAUUUACAGGGACCGGAGUAGAGGCAGAUUCUUAUAUCGAGGGGAGAUGCUUGCAAGCCAAGAAUGUGACAAAGGGAGAACUCACGGGGAGUCUGAUUGUCGCCACGGAUGAUGCAAUGAUUCGAUCAGCUGGUACGAGCGCUGGGGCUAUGUGCAUGGGUGCUGAUCGGUUUGUGAGUGAGCUCAAGGCAAUAAAGAAAGCCGUUGCAUUCAGGGUUGAAGUGGCAAUGGCCCAGGUGAACGGGGAACGCAUGAGGCCAGAGAAACUUUGGGGGACUACAACCUUCGCUCCAACAAAUACUGUAAAUCCUGCAAACCUAAGGCCACUGAGCUCCUCCAACACAACCAAAGCUACUGAAUCGCAGAUUGAAGGGAUCAAAGGCCUCCAGCAGACAGAAGAUGGAAGAACUGUAUAUACUGGCCGUUUUGGAAGAAAUGCCGUGAUCAUUGAAGAUAGACGCAAGAAGAAGAAGAAAUAA